GAGAGAACGGCGCUCGCUAGCCGGGGUCUAAUAACAAGAUGGCAGAUUUGAGGAAAACCGUCACCACUGCAGGCUAAAAACAUUUCUUUCCUCGUCAAAACUGUGAUUGUGAAGAUCUGUUUGUUUUGUGAACAAUUGUGUUUAGUUCUCGAUCGAUAUCUUGGUGCUGUGUUGUUGCUACUAGAAACAAAAAACCUUGUGGGAGGGUGUACAACAGAAACACAACAUAUAAACAAUCACGAGUUUUCCAGAAAGACUUCGAAAUGUUGCCUCAAAUCCCCAGCUAGUCUACAGAGUCUACGGCGCAGAUGCUAUGCGCAGCUCUUCAUCAGUGUUGUAGCCAAUAGGAACGCAGCAAUCUGUGUAAACAUGUCGUCUAACGUUAAGACCAUGGAAGGACCUCCCCCUCCCGCUGCCGAGACCCAAUCAGGUUGGAGGAGCAGAAUGCCAGAGCAGAGUAAUGACUACAGAGUGGUUGUGUUCGGGGCGGGGGGAGUGGGAAAGAGUUCCCUGGUGCUCAGGUUUGUGAAGGGAACUUUCCGUGAGUCCUACAUUCCCACCAUAGAGGACACCUAUCGACAGGUGAUAUCAUGCAACAAGAACAUCUGCACGCUGCAGAUCACAGACACAACUGGUUCGCACCAGUUUCCUGCCAUGCAGCGGCUGUCCAUAUCCAAGGGUCACGCCUUCAUCCUCGUCUACUCGUGCACGUCACGGCAGUCACUCGAGGAGCUCAGGCCCAUCUGGGAGGUGAUCCGAGAGACGAAGGGCCCCAACGAGCUGCAGUCAAUCCCCGUCAUGUUGGUCGGCAACAAAUGCGACGAAAACGAGAACCGCGAAGUGCCCGCCACGGAGGGCGAAGCGGAGGCGGGCCGGUGGGGGUGUCACUUCAUGGAGACCUCUGCCAAGACCAACCACAACGUCAAGGAACUCUUUCAGGAACUGCUCAACCUCGAGAAGAAUCGUAACAUCUCGUUGCAACUCGAAAAGAAGGGUCCGAUGAAAGGAACUAAGAAAAUCAGGGAAAAGUGCUGUGUCAUGUAAUGUUGCUCGUCGAAUGUGUUUUGUUUCUAGAUGAGGAUGUAAGGGACUAAAUAGGGAGAUUUGUAUGUAAUAUCAUGUUAUAGUUUUCAAGAUUCAUUAUUUUGGUUCUGAACAUAAUAAUAAUAUUUGUUUCAGCAGAAGAUGAUCAAAGUGAUCAAAGGGAUUAAAGGAAUUGAAGGAAUUAAAGCGACUGAAGGAAAGGAUUUGAAGGAACUAAGAGAAUAAGGGGGUUAUCAUGUAAUGUUACUCGUGAAAUGCCUCAUUCAUAGCUGAGGAUGGAAGGGAUUAACUAGGAAGAUUUGUAAUAUCAUGCUAUUAUAUUUUCCAUAAUUAGAGGUUUUGUUUGAAAAUAAUAUUCUGUUAAAGCUGAAGAUGAUGAAAGGGACUGGGAAAUCAGGGAGAAGUGUGUGUCAUGUGGUGUUGCUAGGGGAGUGUUUUGUUUUUAAAUAAGGAUGGAAGGGAGUAAAGUAACUAGCGAGACUUGUAAUAUCAUUUUAUCUCAGUUUUCAAGAUUUCCUGUUUUGUUUUGAAUAUAGUAAUCUGUUUCAAGUUGAAGAUUAUAAAAAGGGACAAGGGAAA